UAAGGUAUUAUUGAUAAGUAAUCCUGUAACACACCAUAUUGCUAUGUUCACCAUAUUAUCAAGCAUAAUUUUAUCAUUUUACUUGGUGGAACUAAAAUUUGGUAAUGGAGAAGAUACUACCUUAGGAUCUUGUAGUUUUUCAGGUAUUGGACCACAACUUUUAUUUUCCAACGGCACACAUGUAUUUUCGAAAGAUUUGGAUAGUAACAAUUUGAGGAUACUUGUGGAGACUAUGGAUAGCUCCGUUAUAUAUGUUGACUAUGAUUUAAUAGAUGGAUAUAUUUACUGGUCAGAUCUGGAUACGAAUACAAUCAGCAGGAGAAGAUGCAGGUCCGGAAACGAAAAAUCGGAUAAAGAGGUUAUAGUUCAACAACAGACAAAUUCAAGGCCUAUCGGAAUAGCCGUAGACUCACAGAACGGUCACCUAUAUUGGGCGGACCAAGAUGGAGGACCAAUAAGAAGGUCUGACUUUGAUGGUUCUAAUGUUGUAGAUAUUUUAAACGAAUCAUUGGAAAAACCAACUACCAUUACUAUUGAUAUUUCAAACAGAUGGCUGUACUUCAGUGAUCAUGGUAAACACACAAUCGAGAGAUGUACAUUUGAUGGAAGUAGCAGACAAAUACUUAUAAGUAAUGACGUGAUAUCACCUUAUGGUUUAGCUUUAGAUAUGGACUCGAAAAGAUUAUAUUGGACUGAUAGUGCAUUGUAUCACAUUAAAUCUUCAAAGUUUGACGGCUCCGAUGUUAAAACACUUUCUAUAGAUGUAACACCAUUAGGAAACAUAGGCAUUGUUGUUAUGGGGAUUGAUUUGUACGGAUCUUACAUGUAUGCUAGUAAUAUUAACACUGGAAUAUACAGGAUACAGAAAAACAAAAUUCAUGCCGUGCCAGAAAGAGUAUUUGCAAUUGAGCAAGAUGCUUUAAUUUACGGUGUAAAGAUUAUAAAAAGCCACACAAAUAAUGCAACAAACGAGAAAGGACAUGUUGGACAAAUGCAAAUACUGUUUGCAGGAAUGAUAUUCGUUGAAGUCCUACUCAACCGGAUGUAAACGUAGUUUCAAUUUAACAUUUAUGUACAGAUAAAAUGUAUCUAUAGUUUGUAACAUAGACGGUGCCAAUUUUACUGCACCAUAUGCACAUUUCGACAAUUAGUUUAUAUUCAGAGUUGAAGAAUUUAUCUUUUUUACAGUUUAUAUUAAUAAAAAAUAAUACUGUGUUUUACAAAAUAUAUCAAACCUGAACAACGACGGCAACUGGCGAGUUUCUGACUUUGAACAACCAUGUUAAACAUUUGGCAGGAUGAUCUUGUGUUGUAAGAACUGAUAUUCUGCUUUGUUAUCUUGGUCGAUAGAAGAAGCGAUACAGUUAAGCGCACAUACAUUUAGAAAUAAUAAUAAUUCAACUGCAUAGCUACAGUAGUACAGUCAACUGCAAUUAAAACUAAUAAAAUACUAAUUUGUGAUUGAUAUCACAAACAA